AAGAAGAAGAACAUCAAUAGAAUGAACAAACAGAAGAAUCACUCGCACGCGCACUCACGCACAACCUUCUUUCCCAUAAACACUCCAGCAAACUCUAAAGGGAUGGCCGGUGGCAACCACCCCAAGUCCUCUUCCAAUAAAGGCCCAUCCGCCUCCACCUCCGCCACUUCAUCCCACCGUAAAUCCCGCUGGGAAUCACCCAAACAGCCACCUUCCGACCGAAAAUCCAACCCCUCUCCCAAACCACCCACUCCCGUCCAAUCUAAACCCCUACCCGACCCCGCCCACGCCCCAUUCACUCCACCCGGACCUCCUUUCCCCUUCUCUGACCCACCACCACCUCCUGCUUACGGUUUUCACAUGCUCGACCGCCGUACAAUUAUCCUCGCCGACGGCAGCGUCCGCUCCUACUUCGCCCUUCCGCCUGAUUACGACUUCACUCCCCGCCACGUGGACCCCUCCCACCGCUUUUUACGGAACGAUUUCGGUAAUCGGUUUCCGCCACAAUUGAGUCCCGAAGUGGGAGGGUUUCGUGACAAUCGGGAGUUUUGGAACAAACCGAUUGGUGGGCCCGACGGGGUGGGACCGAUGAAGAGGAAGUACGGUGAUGAUUUGCAAUAUGUGAACCCUAGCGGCGAGGGUUUGGCGGGAACGAGUGGGCCGUUUGAAGAGGAAUUGAGGCUUUCCAAGUUUAUGAGAAAUGGUGUUGGUGGUGGUCAGAGUGUAGUGAAGCAUAAGUAUUUUGAGGUAGAUGAGAAUGCCCUAAACAAGGCGUUUUUACAUUUCGUGAAGGCCAUUAAUGAGAAUGUGGCGCAGAGGAAGAGUUAUUUGGAGAACGGGAAGCAAGGACGACUUCAGUGUAUUGCGUGUCGCAGGUCUUCAAAAGAUUUCCACGAUAUGCAUGGCCUGAUAAUGCACACGUACAACUCAGAUAAUGCUGACUUGCGUGUGGAUCAUUUGGGCUUGUAUAAAGCUCUUUGUGUAUUAAUGGGAUGGAAUUACUCGAAGCCUCCUGAUAACUCUAAAGCCUAUCAGUUUUUACCUCCUGAUGAAGCAGCAGCAAAUCAGGAUGAUAUGAUUAUAUGGCCACCCACUGUGAUAAUUCAUAAUACAAUUACGGGGAAGGGUAAAGAUGGGCGCAUGGAAGGAUUGGGAAACAAAGCAAUGGAUAAAACAAUAAGAGGUUUUCAGCAUACAAAAAGCAACCUUGGCGAGCGGUAA